AGCGUUCUGGGGCGCACGAGGACCGCUCUGUGGUUUGAGUCCCUGGCCGUCUCCUGCCCCUCCAGCAUGAAGCUCCUGUUGCCGAUGCUGCUGGUAACCCUGCUGAGUGUGGGGCCAGCCGAGUCUCUCACAUGCUUCACCUGCUCCAAUCAGAAGAGCAACUUGUACUGCCUGAAACCCACCGUCUGCUCAGACUCGGACCAGUACUGCGUGACCGUGUCGGCCGCUGCUGGCGUUGGGAAUGUGGACCUGGGCUACAGCCUGAACAAGUACUGCUCGCCCAUCUGCCCGGGCCCCAGCAUCAACCUCGGGGUGGCCUCGGUGGGCACCCACUGCUGCCAGAACUCCCUGUGCAACAUCAGCGCCGCCCCCGGCAGGCUGCAGGCCAGCGCCACCCUGCUGGCCUUCGGGCUCCUGCUCAGCUUGCUGUCCGUGCUGCUGCGCCUGGGCCCCUGACCCCUCACCCCCCGCCACCUAGUACUACAGCGCUCAGCCCUCCUAAGUGGGGAAUACAGGGAGGGACGGGGGCCCCUU